AUGGCUGCUAAGUUUCCUGAUGAACCACAAACUAUUUCUCGAUUCUCUGAUUUUACUUCACAACCAAAACGAAUGCUUCCACCUAUUCAAGGCUAUGAGAAUGAGCCGCUUGUUUCUCUGGAAGAAGCUAUUAAUCCUCUCAUCUCAAUUGUUCCUGAAGUUAAACGCAUGGUUUGGACAGUAAAACAAAAUCAUUUCGAUGGAGAACAUGGCAUAACUGAUGAUGAGGCAGCUUCGGUCCUACUUUACACAAUGGAAUGGACACCAAGAGAAAACUCAUUUUAUAUUAUUCUUAACAAUACUUUGCAAGCAGCUAAUCGACUGUUACUCAAGCCGUGGUUUCUUUAUCUUCGUCUCAUUAUGACAUCUUUAGCCAAACUUCCAUCAGACUCUAAUCGUCGUAUGGUGUAUCGUGGGGUGAAACGUGAUUUAAGUGCACAAUAUCCAAAAGGAAGUACAGUCACUUGGUGGGGAUUUUCAUCUUGCACAACAUUUCUUGAUGUUUUAAGCAAUGAGCAAUUUCUAGGUCAGAGUGGCACAAGAACAUUAUUUAACAUUGACUGUUAUUCUUCCAAAAGUAUUCAUCAAUAUUCACUUUUUCCAGAAGAACACGAAAUACUACUUCCUCCAGCUCGACAAUUUCAAGUGAUAGCGUCUCUAUAUACUGGUAAUAGCCUUCACAUUAUAGAACUCAAAGAAAUCGAACCUGAAUAUCCACUCAUCAAUCCUGUAUCACAACCUACACCACAUCCGCCAAUACCGUCUAUGCUUCAACCAACGCCACUUCCAGACUCAUCAAUAUCGCCUAUGGCUGAACCAACACCACUUCCAGAUCCACUAAAACCGCUUCAACCACCUAAAUCUAAUAAUCCCAGACUACAGAAGUAUAUUGAUGCAAUGUACUUCGACCAAGUAAUUAGUAGAUUUAUACACACUUUUCCUCAAUAA